GAGAGGAGGAGGAGGAGGAGGAGGAGGAGGAGUGGUGAUAGAGUGCAAAGGGGGCAGGACUUUUUCUCUCCGGGUCCUAUUAAGAGCAAACUUUGUGUUUUUGUUCUCCAAGUUCAGCUCAGUGCUCUGCAGCCCUCACACUCUUCCUCUCCGUGGCUCUUUCUCUUUCUUUCUUUCUUUCCAUCUUUUUUUUAUGUGUGUUUUAUUUCGAUUUUUUUCCUCCAUGGUUUUGUUUCCUCGCCUCUUGGUUUCCUCUGUGUGCGUGUGCACAGGAGCUUUGGACGCCGGGAGGAUGCGCUUUUUGCCGGAGCAGACGCAGAGAGUUGCGCGUUGUGCCGGCGCGGGCUUGUUUUAGAGGAAUCCUACAUGUGCUUGUGUCUGGAGUGAACAAUGUUGCGGCUCCUCGCUUCUCUGCUUCUGCUGCUGUGCGCCGCGGAGUUGGAGCUGUGCGCGGGGCUCCCCACUUUCCAGGCUUUCUAUCUUCCACCUGCGAACGACUCCGUGCUCACACCUGCGCGGAGGACGGAUGGAGUGGUGCGGACCAUUGAUCGGAUUUACCACGGAGGAGGGAAGGUGGGCUACCUGCUCUACCUGAACGGGAGCCGGUUCCAGUUGGACAUGGAGCGGGAUGAGUCGGUGCUGUCGCAUCACUUCAGUCCUCAGUAUGUGCUCGCUAUGAUGGGGGGCAGCCCCGCGCCUUUGCAGCGGGAGUGCGCGUACCGCGGCACCGUGGACUCCAACCCGGAGUCUCUGGCCGUGUUCAACCUCUGCGGCGGCGGACUCGAGGGCUUCUUCGCCGUCAACCACGCGCGCUACACCAUCACGCCGAUCGUCAGGGCGAAGGGACACGAGCACGACGUGCGCGCCCUGCAGGACAAGGACGCGGAGAGCGCGCUCCACGUGUUCACGCGUGAAAGCUUCACUUUCGAGGCGAUGCGCGAAGGGCGCGAGAGCUGCGGGACGCGCGACGGGCGCAGAGGACGCAGGCACGCGGCGGGGAAGCGGCGGCACAGAGGGCGCGCGAGGAGCAGAGACGCCGGUGACCGCGAUGGCGCGCACGGUCGGAGGUCGUGGAGCCGCCUCAUCAAACCUGCCGCUCCGGAGCCUGGCGCACGGCGCAGACGCUCGGUCUCCCGCGCCAGGCAGGUCGAGCUGCUCCUGGUGGCCGACGACACCAUGACCAAGAAAUACGGCAAAGACCUGAACCACUACCUGCUCACGCUGGCCUCCAUCGCCUCCAAGCUGUACGGACACGCCAGCAUCGAGAACCCCAUCCGGCUCUCGGUGGUGAAAGUGACCGUGCUGGGGGAGAAGGAGAAGGGUCUGGAGGUGACCAAGAACGCGGCGGCGACGCUCAAGAGCUUCUGCAAGUGGCAGAACCAGCAGAACCCGCUGGACGACGACCACCAGCACCACCACGACGCCGCCAUCCUCUUCACCAGGCAGGACCUUUGCGGCCACCACUCGUGCGACACCCUGGGCAUGGCCGACGUGGGCACCGUCUGCACACCGGAGAGGAGCUGCGCCGUCAUCGAGGACGACGGGCUCCACGCGGCGUUCACCGUGGCGCAUGAGAUAGGACACCUGCUCGGUUUGUCCCACGACGACUCCAAGUUCUGCGAGGAGCGCUUCGGCGUCAACAGCGACAAGCGCCUCAUGUCGUCCAUCCUCACGUCCAUCGACGCCUCCAAACCCUGGAGCCGCUGCACCUCGGCGACCAUCACCGACUUCUUUGACGACGGCAACGCCGAGUGUCUCCUCGACUCUCCUCGCCAGCCGCUCCUCGGCCCCGAGGAGUUGCCGGGGCAGAGCUACGACGCCGUGCGCCAGUGCCGCCUCGCCUUCGGCCCCGAGUACACGGUGUGCCCGGGCAUGGACGUGUGCUCGCGCCUGUGGUGCGCCGUCAUUCGCCAGGGACAGAUGGUGUGUCUGACGAAGAAGCUGCCGGCUGUGGAGGGGACGCCCUGUGGGAAGGGACGCAUCUGCCUGCAGGGGAAGUGUGUGGACAAGACACGCAAGAGACACUACUCGGUGUCCAACCACGGCAGCUGGAGUUCCUGGGGUCCGUGGGGUUCGUGCUCCAGGACGUGCGGAGGCGGCGUUCAGUUGGCCCAGCGUCUGUGCAACAACCCGCCGCCACGCAACAACGGACGCUACUGCACCGGGAAGAGAGCCAUCUAUCGCUCGUGCGGCGGCGCGCCCUGUCCACCGUCCAAUAAGACGUUCCGUCAGGAGCAGUGCGAGGUGCGUAACGGCCCUCAGACUGACCCCAAAGGCGUGAAGACCUUCGUGGAGUGGGUUCCCAAAUACGCCGGAGUUCUCCCCAAAGACGUCUGCAAGCUGACGUGCAGAGCCAAAGGAACGGGAUACUACGUGGUUUUCUCUCAGAGGGUGGUGGACGGCACCGAGUGUCGGCCUCACAGCAGCUCGGUGUGCGUGAAGGGCAAGUGUGUGCGCACGGGCUGCGACGGCAUCAUCGGCUCCAAGCUGCAGUUCGACAAGUGCGGCAUCUGUGGAGGGGACAGCGCGGGGUGUGUGCGGGUGGCCGGCAACUUUACCAAGAAGAGUAAGGGCUACACUGACGUGGUGAAGAUCCCCGCUGGCUCCACCCACAUCAAGGUGCGUCAACACAAGGCCAAGGACCAGACUCGCUACUCCGCCUACCUGGCCCUGCGGCGGCCCAGCGGCGUCUACCUCCUCAACGGCAAGUUCAUGAUCUCCACCUCCGAGACGAUCAUCCCGCUCAACGGCUCCGUGCUCAACUACAGUGGGUGGAGCCAGAGGGACGAGUGGCUCCACAGCAUGGGUCCCGCCGCUCUCCAGGAGAGCCUGGUGGUGCAGAUCCUCGCCACGGACGUCAAAAAGCCCCUGGACGUCCGUUACAGCUUCUUCAUGCCGCGGCGGACGUCACCGCAGCUGCCGCCGGCUCCGCUAAAGACGACGCCGGUCUCAACCACCACAAGUACCACCACAAGAACCUCCCCGACCACCACCACCACCACCACCACCACCAGCAGCACCAGCACCAGAACCACCACCAGUACCACAACUACAACCUCCUCUACUCCUCCUGCCGUGGACCCAGGACCAACCACAGCACCAGGUCCUCCAAAGUCAACGCCAGCCCCAGGGCCCCAGUGGGUAACGGGUCCCUGGAUGACCUGCUCCAGGACUUGUGACACUGGCUGGCAGAGUCGAACAGUUCAGUGUAAGGACCGGGACGGCAAACUGGCCAAGGGAUGUGUGCUGGCCGCUCGGCCUUCUGCCUUCAAACACUGUCUGGUGAGGAAAUGCUGAGGAGGCAGGAAAUCUGAUAAAAAAAAACCUUCUGAUAAAGGUCUCAAGUGCUGGAUGUUAGGACCAAAUGAAUGGACCCAUGACUUAAAGACACGGACUGUGAAUGUUGACUCCUCUGGAGACACGUUUGGCAUGGAUGUACCUGACUGUUGUCAUGGAAUCACAGCGACCACAUGGAGCACGUGUGUGUAAGCGCGUGACGUCCUGGCGUCGCCAAGAACUGGAGUUGCAUGUCACUCCCACGUAGACAAUAAGUGAUUGUCUUUACAACGUCCUCCAGCGCUCUGGAGACUCUGUGUGUAACAGCAUGCAUGUUUGUGUGUCUUUGUUUAAAAGCUAAUCACUGCGGGUAUUCACAAGUCGUUUGUCAUGGGCGUGUGCGAGACAAGCACCGCCCCCUGCCGUCAUUCCCCGUUCCUCUGAUUGUUUUUGUUGUUUUUGGCGACAUUAGUGUUGAAGAUUUGAAAUCACUGGAUGGUGGGUCUCCUUCGUAGCAUCUUAAACUGUCUCUAACGUCAGGAUUCCUCCCCGAUAUCCGUCCUGUAAAGAUUCCUCUGAGCUACUCUGUGACCGAAGUGUCCAAGGUAUCGGGGAAAGUUUGUCCAUUCUUUCGUACUUGUCUCACCUGUCCUGCUGAAAAUUCGGGAAGCAGCAACACCACAAAGGCUAGCAGUGGUCUUUAUGACAUGUCGACUUUUGGGGCUAGAUAAGACGCAACGACCGACCAACCAAAGUGCGACCAAUCAAACGAGUGUAUAAAUAUAUUACUUCCUCACUAACCCUCUCUGUGUGGUCAAAUGUCCUCCGUUUCUGAGACAACAUCUGCACGCUGGAAGAAAUUCCAAAAAACAACAGUUACCAUUUUUGACUCUGCGUCGCGCAAUUGUGACGCUCAAGUUCAAAUACUACUCGCGUCUCUGCCUCGACUUUGUGUGUAAAAAAUCAUCAGAAACCCAAACGUUAAUGCUAAAUAUGACAAUAACAUUGUACGUAUAUCUUCUGUCUUUGUGUCCUUGACAAGUUCCUUCCUGCUUCCUGUAGCACGAUUAACGCACGGUGGCCUCGAGAGGACAAACUUUUCAACUUAAAUCAACAGAGGGACAAAGUAACCUUGACACUCCGUAACUUUUACAGAGUACUGAAUCAGAUUUGGGGCAGCGAUGCUUGAUGUUGUGUGUUUGUGUGUGUGUUUGUGUGUGUGUGUUUACACACAGUUUGUACCAUGAAUCAGCUUCGUCUCUCUCUCAGUUCCACUUGUAAUCAAUCAUAAUGCUGGUGCUGUGAGGUUUACAGUCUCCAUGUUUUUUGGGGUUUUGUUGUUGUUGUUGUUUGUUUGUCUGUUUAUCUGUGUAGCAAACAAUGCUAAUAUGACAAUGUGUGCCCUGGAUACUAGCAACGACAGCAAAGAAAGACAAAGACAGUCAUGACUGUCCUUCUGCAAUUCAAUCUCCUCUUUUUUUUUAUUCAUAUAUUCUGUAUUUGCGUGUUUUUAUUUUAGCCUGUUGCUAACCCUGGUGGGUGGAGUUUGCCAGAAUACAAUGUUUCUUAUUGUGACUUUUGGUGUUUAAGAGUCAGGUAGCUCAAAAAAAGUACUGGAAACUGAUUGUGUUUGAGGAUUUUGGCACCAAUACUGUGUCUGUUCAAACCUUAGGCUAAUAAGUUAGCUUACCUUAGCAUAAAGGCGGAAGCCUGCUUUAUCUAAGUCAAAUAAACAACACAUUGUUCAUCUAUGUUACUUGUUUAGUCCAUCCAAAGAAUAAGCAAAGAAUUGUCAGCGCUUUGUGUCUUAAUGCUAAGCUAAGCUAAUGCGGCUCUAGAUACACAUUGAACAGACACUAUAUGAGUGAGGUGUCAAUUUUAUGUGUCUGAUUGUCAUGAAGAAUUCAAAACAGUGCAUUUUCAUUGUGUCUGUUUAAAUCUUAAGCUAAGAAGUUAGCUAAGCUUAGCUUAGCAUAAAGGUGGGACUAAACAGCUAGCCUGGCUUAGCUAAAGACAACUAAACACAUUGUCCAUCCAAAGAAUAUUAAGCAAAGAAUUGUCAGUAUUUUGUGUCUUAAUGCUAAGCUAAUGUGGCUCUAGCUACACAUUGAACAGACACUGCUGGGUCUAUACGAGUGAGGUGUCAAUCAUCUCGUGUUAUUCUCAUUAAGAAAUCAGAACAGUGCAUUUUCACAAAUGUCAAAUUGUUUUGUGGAAAACAUUUACAAAACGUCAGAUUUGUACAUUAGCCAGUAUGUAGCACAACAUUGGGGUUAACAGAUUACAUUGACAUUAGAAAUAUCCUGAUGUAUAUUGUUGUGUUUACAAAUAAACACAACAUAUACCUGUAUCUUUAAAAUGGGUCUAACAGAAUGAGAUAUCCUAUUUCAUUUAGAUUGUUUUCUCUAAAAGAACAAAGAAUUUAUUGUAUGUUUUGAUGAAUUUUGAUAAUAGGAGAAUUUUUAUUGCCGAUUCUAAAAUGCAAAUGUAUUUAAACACUUACAUUUUGUCAUCUUUCUCUGAUCAGGGUGUUACCAAAGCCCCAGAAUCAUGACCUCAAGUCGAUUCUGUACCUAAUAGACCUUUAAAACAAAUAUAUACUUUCCUCUAAUUGUGUUACGUCGUCUGGUGCUUGUCGUCUUUUCCUGUGUGGCAAACCUCACCCAUCUGGCACCAGAGCAGUGGGACAGAAACCGGGUCAAGAUACCACUCACUCACUCACACACACACACAUUCACAUUUAUUUACACAAUAUAGACAUUUUUUUACAUGAGUAGAUUUUUCAUAUACACACACACACAAAUACAAAACUUUAGUUUUUUUUUGACACAUUCACACAACUUACUUUGACUUUUUCCAGUGAAACAGAAACACAGCACUGAACUUGUAAUUUAUUGUUUGUACAACUGGUAUGUGUGAAUUAAAAAAGAGCAACAAUGAGAGGACUUUUAUUUAUUAUACUAAUUUUUGUAUCAAAUGACUUAUUUAACUUUUUGGGACUUCUGUGACUGUGUUGAAUCAUUCCUUUGUAUGAAUAUAGUGUUUUCUUUUCUAGUCAUCCACAUGAAUAUAUGUACAUAAAAUAUAUAUAUUUAAAUA